AUGUUCCCCACGAGAGCCCUCUUCUCCAAAGCUCGUGUCACGCUCUUCACCCGCGCUGGCUGCGGGCUCUGUGACACCGCCAAGCACGCCGUGACCCAGCUACACAAGCGGAGGCCCUUUGAUUACACCGAAUUAGACAUUAUGGCCCCCGAGAACAAGUCCUGGAAGGACGUCUACGAAUUCGAUGUUCCGGUUCUCCAUGUUCAAGCUGCCCUCGAGGAUCAACUCUCCGACCCGAAGAAGCUUUUCCACCGGUUCACGGAGCAGGAAGUCGAGAAUCUGGUCGAGGAGACAGAAAAAAUGAAGCCAUAG